AUGAGAGUCGAAGAACUGAACCGAGGGAGUAACGAACUCGUUAACGUUCUGCUGAGUCAGUUGGAGGAAGAACGGGGAAUCAUUGUACACCUAAACACGAGCCGUGAUUCAAUGAACUCCACACUAAAUAGCAGUAGCAAUAAUACUACUUCUAUCACUACAGCUGCAUGUAGUAGUAACAAUAAUAACAUCAUCUCGUCGUCAUCCUCUGUUAUAUCUGAUAGACUGGUUACAUUUAGAGUUGACAAGCUUGAGGGCGAACUAAAAUCUGCCGUAAAGGAAAUUGAAGAUAUGAAGGAGGCCAGAGAGAGGCAGGCUAAGCUGGUAGAAGCAAUAGUCCAGCAGAGAGAUAUGUAUAAAAAGCUGGCCACACAACAGCAGCAGGCCACGCCUCAGAGUUCUAGACGAUCAUCCUUAGCGUCAUCUGUGGCAGAAAUUUUUAACAACAAUAGCAGCAUUAGCAUUGAUGAUGAAGAUAACAACAUCAACAACAACAGUAAUAAUAAAAGUGGUAUUGAGGUUAAGGAUGCAUUCUCAGACAAUGUUACGACCGGCAGACGUCUAGACGAGAUGGAGAGGAAAGAAUACGAUGGAUUGAAGGAAACUCUGUCUGAACUGAAGGACGAAUUUGCUGUCUACAGGAGAGAGAAGGGUGAACAUGAGAGGUUAUUCUUCUUCUUCUUCUUCUUCUUCUUCUUCUUCUUCUUCUUCUUCUUCUUCUUCUUCUUCUUCUUCUUCUUCUUGUUAUUUUUAUUUUUGUUGUUGUUGUUAUUGCUAGAAUAUUUAUACAAUCUGGAGUUUAUGAACGAGAGGUAUAAAGUAUGGCAGUCCAAUUCAGAGAGUCACAAGAGGGAGGCGGAGCUAAUUAGAGAGAGAAAUAAUAAGCUGUCUGAGUCUCUGGCUAAACAUCAGCAGUCCCUUGUCAUUUUGAGAGAGGACUUGAAGUCAUGCCAGGAGCGUGCCACAAAGGCCGAAGUCCAGUGCACUAGUUUGCUUGUGGAGAAGGAGAAGUUGAAAUUAGUGGAAGAGAACUUGAGGCACGAACUUGAAUCCGUCAGAUCUGAGAACAGCUCAAGAUCACUACUGCUUAGAAAUAUUGAAACUCUACAGAAUAAUCUAGAGAGAUCGGAUUUCGAGAUGAAAGUGAAACUGAAUCAAAGAAUCGAAAACUUGGAGAAAGAAAACACUGUCUUGAGAAAUAGAGUUGAGAAUGCUGACGACCAGCAGAAAUCAUUCGUAUAUUCUUUGGAGAAAGAUGAGUUAGAAAGAGAGGUGAUUGACCUGAAUGGGAAGUUAACUGUGGAAAGAUCCAAUUUGGAGAGCAAUAACAUUAAGAGAGAAUUGAAUGAGUUGAGAGAGAAGCAUGGCAGAUUAACUCUAUCAUUGGAAUCAUCUCGGAAGCAGUUUGCACAGGCCGAGCAGCAGAUGGAGAAUUACAAGUCAAUGAACAUCGAAUUGGAAAGAUGCCUAGACGAGCAGAGGAAUGGAACCAAUUUACUUCAAGUGCAGCUGGAUAAUAGCAUUAAAGCAAUUGAAGAGCUGACAUCGGAGAAAGAUAACCUAACGAUCGAGAGCCAGAAAUUGUCAGAGGAGAACGAGAGAUUGAAAAAAUUAGUGGAGGAAUUAACCAGAGAAAGAGAGAGAUUGUCACAGCCUACUCUUAUUGACCCAGGAAUAGUGCUAGAGUUGGAAAGUGCGAAGGAAGAGCUAAGGAUGGUGUCGAUGUUGAAGGCCGAGGCAGACGAGAGGCAGGAGCUAAUUAAGAAAGAUCUAGAACACCAUGUUGCCGACGCUAAACAAGCUCACGAGAACUACGAGAGAGAAUUAAUGCUGCACGCUGCAGACGUUGAAGCCCUCUCAAACAUCAAAAAACAAUUGGGUGAGGCAGUUGAAAAAUUAGAAGCUAGUGAACUAAAGCUCAAGGACCACAUGAUUAAGUGUGAAGCAGAAAGGAACAAUUGGAGCGAGAAGGAGGUGGAUUACAAGAGUAGGUUGAACGUGCUGAAGGAAGCCAUUGCGUCCACGAAAGCACAGAACAACCUACUGCAUGAUGAGAUGUGGAAGCUAUCUGAGAAGAUGGUGGAACUGAAGAAGAAAGAUGAAGAAGAUAAAGAGUUGAUGAAAUCAUUGACAUCCCAGCUGGAUGGCUCAACGUCAGCUACAACAACAGCACCAACGAGUUUAGAUGAUUCUGUUGUUGUUGUCGAGAAGAGCCCAGAACAAUUACAUGCUAUCAUCAAAUACCUUCGGAGAGAAAAAGAAAUUUCAGAGGCGAAAUUCGAGGGAAUCGAAAGUGAAACUAAGAGGCUGAGAACACAGGUGGGAAUUUUGAAGCGACAGCUGGAAGAAACUGAAGAGAGCCUGACAAAAGAGAGAGAGAAAGCUCAAGCAAGUUUUGAUAAUGAUGAUGAUAAUGACGAUGAUGGUGGGAUGGCGGAAAUGGAAAGCCAGAUGGAGCCUUUGGAGAACAGAUGCCAGGAUUUGGAGAGCGACAAACUGGUCAUCCAGAAGGAGUUGGAAUUGUCGCGGGCUGAAGCCGAGAAGUGGAAAAAGAGGACGACACAACUUAUCGAGCAGUGCAACAAGUUUGAUCCUGAAGAGUUGAAAAACGCCAUUGACGAGAGAGAUUUGCUGAAAGCCAAGAAUGAAUCAAGCCAGGAGGUCGUGCACCAGCUGACGGCAGAAGUUUCAAAGUGCCAACUGCAGAUAACUGCCCUACAAACCAAAGUAGUAGAGUUGAACCUAAGUCUGGAGAAAUCAGAAGAGAGUAUGGCAGCGGCCAAUGACAAGAUAGAGAAGUUGCAGACCGAAUCGGAGGAAAAGUCGAAGACAGCCACUCAGUUACGGAAAAUUGGCCGGAAAUACAAGAUGCAGUGGGAGGAGUUACAGAAGGAGGUCGAGGCCCUGAAGGUGAAACAGGACCAAUCAGGGCUUGUUAACGAAUUGCAAGGAAAACUUCAAUCCAUGGAGCAACAACUUGCACUGGAAAGCGAGAAACUGCAACGGAAGCAAAAGGAGCUAGACGGCCUAAUUAUUAGCCUGACCCAUUCCGAGACUCAAGAGCAGAUGGUUGCGAAAAAGUUGCGGGAUCUAGAGGCGGUUGAGAGGCAGUUGCAGACUGAAAUUACUGCUUUAAAACAGGAAUCGAACCAGCUGUCGAGGGAUAAACAAUCCUUAGAGUCGGCUACACACCACCUGACAGAAGAGCUACGGAGAUUAGACGAGAACUCGAAGACCGCCACAUUGGAGAUGGAACGACUGAAGCGAGAACACGAUCAGACCCUUGAGGAUAACAUCACCUACGCCAGAGAGAACACUCGCCUAUCUGAGGAGAACGUGCGUAUCGCCGACGACACUAACAAGUUAGUGGAAGAAAAGAAGGAGCUAGAGAAGAAAUACAACCAGUGCCGUGGUUUCAUGGUAAAUGCAAAGACCUGCAUUGAGAAUUUGAAAGUUGAUGUGAAAAAGUUGAUGGAGGAGAAGGAGGAUUUGGCGAGAAUGGCUUCAGUUGGUAACGAAACGGCCUCUGCUUCUUCCACGGCUCCCUCAACUUCCGGCACGACAUCCGCUAAGGAGAGGAAUGAUAAAGAGCAGCAGACAUCUGAUUUGGACGAUCAACAACAACAUCAACAACAACAACAGCAUCAACAACAUCAACAACAACAACAAAUCCAUCUAACCAAUGAUAAGCUUUCUAGAGAAAACAUUGAACUGAAGCAGAGAGUGAAUUCGUUGCAUAAGGAGAUUGAGAUGCUGAGGAACAAGACAGCAGCACAGCAGCCCUCCACGAAACCCAUCCUUUCUGCACCACCCGUUGAAAGGAAUAUCUCAGGCAGCCAGUCAACUUCGUCAACUUCCUCCUCAUCUUCACUGCUCGAACACAGCAGCAGCAGCAGCAACAGCCACAUCAGCGGCACCACUACUAGCAACACCAUGUCUGCUACUCUGACUACUCGUCGCGCUAACAUUCGCCCGAUGACGAAUCCGCCAAAUACGACCACGGCCACAUCUGCAGCUACUGCACAAUCAGUGCAUCACCACCAUCAGCAACGUUAUUCAACUCCUGUUCAGCCAGUACGACGCAGCGCUGACGUGCUCGCCUCGACGAUGGUGGCGUCAAUCAGGCCGAUGGCUGUGGUCAGUCAGUCGCAGGCCGUCAUCAUGUCCAUGUCGUCAACUCCGAUGGCUACUGUUAUGCCAACUGCGAUCAACACAUCGUCUUCUUCGUCUUCCUCGUCGUCCCAAGAAAAUGAGAGUGCAACAGUGUUGUUGCUGUCGCAAUCGACUUCAACGUCGUCAUCGACGUCAUCUUCGUCUAGCCAGCCUGCUGCAACCAUGAGGCCGACUCAGCAAGUACAGCCUGUCUCACACACCGAGGAGUCUACUGUGUCAUCAUCCGGAGAGGAGCACAAUUCGCAGACGCCUCAAAGCAUAGCCGCCCUGAUGGUCGGCGAUGGACAGGCGAUGACGUCACAGCAGCACCAGGCAGGGGGGUCUGGGGCGAGUGGUAGCGGCCACAGCGGUGGUAGUAGUGGUAGUGGCGUUGGACUUAUCGGUAGCAUGGGUGGUGCUGUGGGCUCUGCUGUUGGCUCGGUCGUCUUGCUGGGUGGCAGUGCUGUCAAGAGGCAGAGAGAGGAAAGUAACCUACCAGACGACCAAUCAGAUCAGCAGGAGAUGGACGCACCACACAAAAGGUCGAAACUGUUGAUUGGCGAAGCCGCAGACACUACCCAAUCUUCGUCAUCCUCCUCAGGGGCUGCCCUGGCCGCCGGGUUCAAGAGCCUGCCUCCUCAGGAGAUGGAGAGGGAGGCAGUGUCUAGGGCUCAGCCAGUGGAGGUUCACCAGGUUCAAGUGCACGCCCAGCAGCAACAACAGUCGCAAGUUAUCGCGGGCACUGGCAUCCACAACCUAUCCCACCAUGCCAGCAACAACCUAGACAUGAGCACUACUAACAACAAUGGCAGCAGUAGUAGCAGCAGCAACAACAACAACAACAACAACGCCAGUAUCAUGCUGCAAUUCGACGAACUUCCGGAUUAUCAAGAUCUGGAGUACGAUCCCACCAAUCCUUCGAAUCCGACGACGUCGGGACAGUCUCAAAAUCCUGAAAAUCCUGACGAAAGUCAGGGCGGGAUGGACGAAGAACAGCAGCAGCACCAUCAAAGACGGAGGCGACAACAAAGGAAAAGAGAUAGACAGAUGGUCGUAGAGGAAGGAAUGGAUGAGUAUAACGAAUCGCAGGAUGAUGAAAAUGACGAGGAGGACGACGACGACGACGAGCAGGAAGAAGAUGAGGAUGCUGUCAUUGCCGAUGACGAUGGCGACGAGGUUCAGAAUGAUGAGAACGACGACGAUGACGUCAUCAUCAUCGUCGGCAAUGAAGACAGGAACAGCGGCAGCAGCGAGAUGAAUGCAGCAGCCGACGAAGAUGACGACAUAGUCGACGAUGAUGGUGGCGACGAGGUCGACGACGAUGGAAACGUAGCCACUAAUGCCACGACUGCAGCAGCUGCUGGUGGUGCUGAUAAUGAUGCCGGGGACGACAUGCAGGAUCAUCAUCAGAAUCUUGGUGGUGAAGUUGAAAUUGAUGAGGCUGACCAGAAUUUCAUGGACUCACUGAAUAACUACGAGAUGGAGAUUAAGGUUUCCGAUCCUGAAAGAGAGCUUGAACUCGAUUACGAAGAGGAUGACGUUGUUGCCGAUGAUGACGUCAUCGAUGACGAUAACAAUGUGGGCGGCGGCCACGCUGGGGAUGAAAUGCUUCAGGAAGAAGUUACUAAUAAUGACGUCAUUUAUCUCGAAGAUGACAACGAUGAUGAGGACGUUGACGAUGACAGCAUGCCGGCGCUUGAAAUCAUUUCAAUGAUUCACGAACAGCAGCAGCAACCACAUCAACCACAGCAGCAGCAACAACAACAACGCCAAAGAUCUAGCGUUCAUCCAACUACGUCAGAAAUGACGUCAUCAACAUCGUCAUCGACGCCGUCGACUUUUAAUUUUAGGCCCUCUCUCUCCUCUUUUGCUUUCCAACAGCAGCACCAGUCGCAGCCACAACAGCAGCAGCAGCAAGUACCACACGAAUCAGCUGGCGACGGUAUUGUGCCUAGCACUCCAACCAAUCAGUUUAUGGGUGUAAAUUCGUCUAUACACCAUGCCGAUAUGUUUAACGUCGAUGGAAUUGGAUCACCAGCUCAGACUGAAGAGACAGAUUUGUUUCACCACCACCAGCAGCAACAUCACCACCACCAAAGAAAUGCUGGAAACGAUGACGAUGAGGAUGGUGAUAAUAACAUGCCUGUGCUCGCUCAUCAAGUUCUAAGGGCUGACGACACGCACGUAGAUCUACUGGACUUUGAGGAGGCGGCCCAAGACGCCGCUGACGACGACGCCGCUGGCGCCGCCGGUGGUGAUGAUAAUGAUAGGAAAGGAGAAAUCGGGGGUGCUGAUAACGAUGACGAAGAUAUCGGGGCUGAUGAUAAUGAUAACGAUGGCGGGGUUGAUGAUAAUAAUGAAGGCAGUAGUAGUAACAUUAACCUGCUUCCUGGCUCUGGUGACGAUGGGUUGGAUCACAGUCAACAGCAACAGCAUCAACAACAACAACAUGAAAGCGGACCAUCGCAGCAACAACAUCAUCAACAACAACAACAGCUCAAGGUGCCAAGGCUACAGCCCAGCACAUUGGAUCAGCCCAGUUCUGCUAAUAUUGCUCCAAUCCAACAGAAACCAAAGAUAAAUAGAAUAUUCUGGGGCGAAGCAUUGUCAGCGGCAACCACAGCGACGACAUCAGCAGUUCCACUCAUAACGUCAACGGGCCAAGCGUCGACAUUCAUGCAGCAGCAACAACAACAGCAACCACAUCCAACCAUGCCAACAUCCCAGUUCAGUAUGCAGACCAGAAAAGCGUACCUACAGCAGCAGCAAAUGCAGCAGCAGCUAUUACAACAACAACAACCGCCAAAUACUGGAAGAAUGACUAGAGGAAACCGUGGUGGAAUGGGUGGUGGUAACCAACAGACUAGAGGCGGUCCAAAUGCCGGCUCGAAUCGAGGAGGCAUAACUAGAGCUAAUGUCAUUCCACUGAUGUCCUCAGAGCAGUUACUACCGAAUCAGAAUACUAAUUUUAGUAAUAGUAACGCCGGCAAUAAUACUAUCAAUAAUAAUAACCCCGGGGGUAAUUCUUCUUCUAGAAUGGCAGAGGGCCAAACAGCUAGAAGAGCCAGAGGUCCUAGGGGUGGAAGUUUAACCAGACGACAUCAGUUCUAGGCCCUUUAAAUACACAAACACACAUGUGUAUAUAUAUAUAUGUGUGUGUGUGUGUAUGUAUGUGUGUGUGUUUAGUAAAUAUACACAUUUAUGUUGUAUGUGUCUUUUGAACUGCCUGAUUUAUAAAGACAUUGCUAUGCUGUACAAUAAUAAACUUCUAUAGAUACAUGAAUGAAUGUGUGUGUUGUGUGUGUGAGAGAGAGAGAGAGAGAAAGAAAGAGAGUGAGAGGGGGGGGGGGGGGAUAAAUGCGUGCCUACCCGUUUACAUAACAGUGGAGAAAUAGACUGAAUCCUAAAUCAACAUUGACUUGAAAUUUUGUAAGUUCUAACGAAAUAAUAAUAAAAAUAUUGUAACUAAUUAUAAUAAUUAUUUAUUAUUAUUAUAUAUAGGCGAACGUUAAUUUAUUACGUACUAUUGAUUAUCGUCAGUGAAUAUGACUGCUGUGUCCCUGUUUUUAUUUACCUUUGGUUCCGCUGGUGUACAUACAUAUACACAUACAUACAUUCUAUAUACAUCUUUAGCUUUCUUUACAUGAAACGAUAUAUAUAUAUAUAUAUGUGUGUGUUUGUGUUAUACGGCAGUUGACAAGGAACUAUAUAUUUUGAUUACUCACUCACUAAUAAAUUAACGUGACAUUGAUAAUUAUUAGCGAAUUAAUUAACUUUGAUUAUUACACAGUGUUCGUAUAUAUAUAUAUAUUAUAUAUAUAUAUAUAUAUAUAUAUAUUUUGCAUACAUGUGUAGGAAGACUUAUAAGUGUUAAUUAUAGUUAAAAUAGUGGGGGGAAGCUGAUACUAUCGUUAAUUUAUGUAUAAACUUUAUAGAAUUCUUACAACUGAAAAGUUUCAGAGAUAUGUCUUAUUUAGUAGUGUUGAGUGCCACUGUAUGUCAAAUAAACCAGGAAUCUAU